UAAAAUCUGUUAAGACCAGACCAGUAAAGUUAUUCCGUUAGUAGACCAAGACGAGAAUGAGAGGAAGACAUCCUGCUGUUUAAAGUUGACAAUUUCUCUGUUUAAUUUGCACCCUGCUUGCUAUGUGACUUGUUUGAUGUGCUUGAGAGUGAAUCUUUGUUCGUCUGAAUGAAUGAUGUGGAGUUUGCUGUCGUCUUUUGCAACGUCAAUGUCAAAACAUGACGACGACGACAACGACGACGGUCGGUCCGGAUGUAACCAGAAAUCACCACUCAAGGAGAGGGAGGAAAAUCAACCCUUUCUUGCGGUCUUGGUCUUGGUCGGCGAGCUCCUUUGUCACUCACGGAUCUCUCACUGGCCAGAACUGAACCAGUCCGAUCGACACCCUUCACAGAAAUGGAUUAACAAUAUGCAGGAGACACUUAUCAUCCUCUCUUAUCUUGGCUCGGUGCACUCACUCGACCUAGAAUCUCAGAAUCCGUAAAACCUCGUGAAGUAAAGGAUAUUGUACACUCGGUGAAACGCACAUCUCGCGGCUGGAAAUAUGACAUAGCAGUUCAAUUUAUUUCAUCUAUGUAAAUGGAGCUCAUUGAAUCAAUCAAUCAAGCACAGAAAAACAAGGGAAAAGGCAGAAUAAAAGAUAAUGCUUCUUCAA